AGGCAUUUGAAGAAGCAAUGCCGACAGUCAACUUUAGAAUUAGAGAGUGAUGAUAGCGAGCAAGAGAAUGACACGACAAUCUUUACAACUCCAGAAACAGUGACAACCCUUCAGUACAUGGAUGCUGCGGAGACUGCUUCCUGCACUGCCGCGGGUGCUGACAAUGCCACCUACAGUGGCCCUGAUAGUGAUGAGCCUGAUGAAAAUGAUGCUGAUUGGAGACUAAUCGACCAUCAUGUCACCUUGUCAUCUGAUUCAGAAAAUGAGAGUGAUAGUAACUGCUUUGAAGAUAUUUUGAGGUCUGGAUUAUUUUAUCGUCAGAAUAGCUUCUGCUAUUGCCCAAAGCCAAAUCCUACCCACUCCUGAAUCCGGAGAGCUGAGAUUCCUGACAAAGAAGUCUGGGCUAGGCUGCCAAUUCGGGUUUUCAGGAAAACAUUGACUGAAGACUUUGACAAGGCCCUUCAAUAUAAAAACAAGCUGAAAUGUUUUCGAGCCCAGAGGAAGAAGAAAUGUCAACCAAAUGGAGCCACAUCACCUCUGAACGUUAUAGAAACGAUGAGGAAGAUGUGUUUGAUGCUGACGGCGAAGAGGAAAUUCGGCCAAAAAAGAAGUGCAGAAAAGAGAAAUUACAGAUCCUCAUCCAGGCACCCCCACUGCCAGUGCUCCCACCAUUGAACUUUCCAAACUCCAGCGAGUACCAGACCACUUCAGCCAGUACCAGCCAAUACUACACCACUCCAAGGCAUCCAGGCCGACCUCACAGCCCAGCGAGAAUCAGCACUUACAGGCUCAGUCCAGACAGGAAUCAUGCAUCUAGCUCAAGCCAGUACCAAACCACUCCAGCCAGUAUGAGUCAGUACCAGACCACUCCAAGAAGCAGCAGGAAUGCCCUUGAAAGUGAACUUUUCCAGUUAAACAUGAAAGUUCAAAAACUAGUUGAGAACCAGGGAGAACUGAUGCGCAUGCUGAGAGGGCUGGCAGCACAGUCUGUGGGGCCAGAAGCUGUGGAUGUUCAAGAUCUCAUUGAGAAGCCUUUCGAGACUCUUGAGCAGCUUAAGACCUUCAGUGAACAGCUCGACACUGAUCUUCUGCUCAGAAAGCAGCUGGUGAAAGCUCUUACUGCUCUUGGUGGGCAGAAUUUGGCAGACACAGUGAGGACAAUGCUGAGGAAAAUUGCCACAAACAAAGUCCUGGAGCAGCUUGGUCUCCGUGGAAAGACAGGCAAAGUGGCAUUUGAGGACUUGCCCUUUUACAGAAUAAUAAUAAAGGCAUGCAGGGGUGUUCACAAACAGACGACCACAGCUGAAGUAGAUUGUGAGCUUGGAGAGGUCCUGAAACUGGCCACUUUUCGAAAGGGAGGUUCAAAGUUUGAGGAGAAGAGGAGGAAUUAAGAGGAAGCGACGGCGAAGAAGGGCAAAGGGAGGUGUACAAAGGAAAUGGACAGUGAGAUGAGUGACCAGGUAAAUGAUAAAGUAAUUAUGCCAAUGUUUUAAAUCAAUUCAUGAAGAUCCCAGUUCUGUGUUGAAUUUGCAAUUAUAAACACUCGAUUGUAUUGUACAUAUGUCCCGGCAAGAAAUCUGCGUUCAAAGAACUCCGGCUUAUUAUUGAUACCCAGAGCCCCAAAAAAGUCUGCGGGCUAUAGAGCGUUUUCUAUUCAGGCUCCAGUACUAUGGAAUGCCCUCCCGGUAACAAUUAGAGAUGCUACCUCAGUAGAAGCAUUUAAGUCCCAUCUUAAAACUCAUUUGUAUACUCUAGCCUUUAAAUAGACCCCCCUUUUAGACCAGUUGAUCUGCCGUUUCUUUUUUCUCCUCUGCUCCCCUCUUCCUUGUGGAGGGGGGGGGGGGGGGGGGGGGGGGGGGCACAGGUCCGGUGGCCAUGGAUGAAGUGCUGGCUGUCCAGAGUCGGGACCCGUGGUGGGCCGCUUGCCUGUGCAUCGGCUGGGAACAUCUCUGCGCUGCUGACCCGUCUCCGCUCGGGAUGUGUACAAAGGAAUAGGACAGUGAUAUGAGUGACCAGGAAGCGACGGCGAAGAAGGGCAAAGGGAGGUGUACAAAGGAAUAGGACAGUGAUAUGAGUGACCAGGAAGCGACGGCGAAGAAGGGCAAAGGGAGGUGUACAAAGGGAAUGGACAGUGAGAUGAGUGACCAGGAAGUGAAGAAGAAGAAAACAGGGAAAGGGAAAAGAACCAAGCAAACGCCAGUGAGACCAGUGAGCAUUGAGCAGGAAGAGAACCAACAAGAAGGGGCAGGAGUACACUGACGCGCACGACCAAGACCACAGCAUUCCAUUUCUAUUGUAUUAUAAUUAUCACUAAUAAAGAAUUAUUGUUGAA